UCGAACCCCGAUUCACCGCCAAGUGGGGAAAAGCAAAAGCCCUUUUCGCGCGCAACCAACCUGUCACCGGCAGCAUCGCCUCCUCCCCCCCGUUCUUUCUCCUGCCCUUAGGCACAUACUCCCAAUACACAUAUUCAAAUGGCGGAAGCACUCGCAGACAAGCUCAAGGCGACGAACCUGAGCGAUGGCGCCGCGUCAGAAGACUGGAAGAAGAGCUUGAAGCUGCCUGCCAAGGACAACAGACAACAAACCGAGGAUGUCACAAACACCAAGGGUCUGGAGUUUGAAAAUUUCCAAUUGAAGAGAGACUUGUUGAUGGGUAUUUUCGAGGCUGGAUUCGAGAAGCCGUCGCCAAUUCAGGAAGAAGCCAUCCCCGUUGCCUUGACCGGACGUGAUAUCCUCGCUCGCGCCAAGAACGGUACCGGCAAGACCGCCGCCUUCGUCAUCCCCGCCCUCGAAAAGAUCAACCCCAAGGUUUCCAAGAUCCAAGCCCUCAUCCUCGUCCCCACCCGUGAGCUCGCCAUGCAAACAUCACAGGUCUGCAAAACUCUCGGUAAACACCUCGGUAUUAACGUCAUGGUCACCACCGGAGGCACCGGUCUUCGCGACGAUAUUAUCCGUCUCCAGGAUCCCGUCCACAUCGUUGUCGGUACCCCUGGCAGAAUCCUCGAUCUUGCCGGCAAGAACGUUGCCGACCUCAGCGAAUGCUCCAUGUUCAUCAUGGAUGAGGCUGACAAGCUUCUCUCCAUCGAGUUCACACCCGUUAUCGAGCAACUCCUCCAGUUCCACCCCAAGGACCGUCAGGUUAUGCUCUUCUCCGCCACCUUCCCACUUUCCGUCAAAGACUUCUCCGACAAAAACAUGGUCAGCCCCUACGAGAUCAACCUCAUGGACGAGCUCACCCUCCGCGGCAUCACCCAAUACUACGCCUUUGUCGAGGAGAAACAAAAGGUUCACUGCCUAAACACCCUCUUCUCCAAGCUGCAAAUCAACCAGUCCAUCAUCUUCUGCAACUCGACCAACCGAGUCGAGCUGCUGGCCAAAAAGAUCACCGAGCUGGGCUACUCUUGCUUCUACAGUCACGCCAAGAUGGCCCAGCAGGCGAGAAAUCGUGUCUUCCACGACUUCCGCAACGGUGUCUGCAGAAACCUCGUCUGCUCCGACCUCCUCACCCGUGGUAUCGACAUCCAGGCCGUCAACGUCGUCAUCAACUUUGACUUCCCCAAGAACGCCGAGACGUACCUGCAUCGCAUUGGUCGAUCCGGUCGUUACGGCCACUUGGGUCUGGCCAUCAACCUGAUCAACUGGGACGAUAGGUUCAACCUAUACAACAUUGAGAAGGAUCUUGGAACCGAGAUCCAGCCCAUUCCCGCCAGCAUCGACAAGUCCCUCUACGUCUACGAGAACCCCGAGUCCAUCCCGAGGCCGGUGUCCAACUUCAAGACUAGCCAGCCCGGUCGGGGGGAGCAGCAGCAACAGCAACAACAGCAACAGCAGCAGCCCGUGCAGGGUCAACAGCCCCUUCUCCAGGGCGGCCCGGCCCCUGGCAACUGGCAGACCCAGCAGCCCCAGCAGAGCAACCAGCAGAACGGUUAUCAGGGCGGCGGCAGAGGCCGUGGACGUGGCCGUGGCGGCUACCGUGGUCAGAACCGCGGCGGCUACGGCGGCGGUGGUCGGGGACGCAGCCAAGGCCAGGGUCACCCCCAGCCCCAAGGACAAAUGUCCUAGGGCCGCUCACUCAUCUCCUCUUUAUAGAAAGGCGUUCUGGCGUAAGCAUCGCGGUGGAACACGCGACUGCGUCUUCUUUGGAUUGUACAUAGUUCCCAUCUUUC